GGCCGUGCAGCAGCGAGCACGGGUUAGGCAGCGUCGCCGACCUAUCCUCUUCGUCAUCGUCGUCGUCGUCGUAGCGAACGUCGAGCUAUAUUCACUUGUACGGCCUACAACAGCAUACGUACUACCUGUGUAUGUGCGUAAACGAACGCGAAGCCGCAGCAGCUAUUACACAGGCAGAAGGCAGGCGGUAUCGCGCGGGGGACAGCUUGCGCUGUCGCAACUCUCGACACAUCGUCGUCGAUACACAUCGAGCAGAUAGCGCAGCAGUAUAAUACACAACCUUUGCAACGCAUCGCUGUGAAUUUUUUAGUUAGCUACGAAAGCUCGGCCAGUAAAACACAGCGAGAUAUUUUCGCUGCGGCACCAGCAGCAGUACAGUAGCGUCGCGCACGUAUAUCAAACGAAGGAAGGGAGUUAUCGGAGCCACGGUCUGUCGCCGGGUCACGUUUACAUCUAGUAUAUACGCGCAUACGUAUACACAUAUAUAUUUAGCCGACCGUCCACGCAUACACGCACUCGCACGGAGAUUUCUAAUAUUCGAGUUUCUCAAUUACCAGUUGUGCCGAAAGUGUCGUGCGUGCCUAGUGUGAGCCGUGCGUGUCUUGUGCAUGAGUGUGAGAAGUGCUUCUUCGUAUCUCCCGUAGUUAGACAAUUGUUGAGAAAGACAAAUCAUGGGCAACGUACACACCUGCGGACCCAACGAGGCUCUCGUUGUUUCAGGAGGAUGCUGUGGCUCGACGAGAAAGCGAACGAUAGUCGGCGGCUACGCCUUCACCUGGUGGUUCCUCACGGACGUGCAGCGCCUGUCGCUGGAGGUCAUGACCCUGAACCCCGUCUGCGAGAGCGUCGAGACGGCGCAAGGCGUGCCCUUGACCGUGACCGGCGUCGCCCAGUGCAAGAUCAUGAAGGCCGACGAGCUGCUGCACACGGCCAGUGAGCAGUUCCUCGGCAAGAACGUCCACGAGAUCAAGUCGACUAUUCUGUCGACCCUCGAGGGCCAUCUGCGCGCCAUCCUCGGUACGCUCUCCGUCGAGGAAGUCUACAAAGACAGAGAUCAGUUCGCGGCCUUGGUCCGCGAGGUAGCCGCGCCCGACGUCGGCCGCAUGGGCAUCGAGAUACUCUCCUUCACCAUUAAGGACGUGUACGACGACGUGCAAUACUUGGCCUCGCUGGGUAAAGCCCAGACCGCGGCUGUCAAGCGGGACGCAGACGUCGGCGUAGCCGAGGCCAACAGGGACGCCGGUAUAAGGGAAGCCGAAUGCGAGAAAGCUGCCAUGGACAUCAAGUACAACACCGACACGAAGAUCGAGGAUAACGCGCGACUGUAUCAGCUGCAAAAGGCCAACUUCGAUCAAGAAGUCAACACGGCGAAAGCCGAAGCUCAGCUGGCGUACGAGCUGCAGGCGGCCAAAAUCCGCCAGCGAAUCCGUAACGAGGAGAUCCAGAUCGAGGUGGUCGAGCGACGCAAGCAGAUCGAAGUCGAGGAGCAGGAGGUGCGCAGAAAGGAGCACGAGCUCCAGAGUACCGUGCGCUUACCAGCCGAGGCUGAGAGUUACAAGAUGGGCCAAGUGGCCGAAGGAAAGAGGGCCCAAACCGUCGAAGCCGCCAAGGCCGACGCGGAUCGUAUCCGUCUGAUCGGAGAAGCCGAGGCUCAGGCUCUGCAAGCAGUCGGUGUCGCCGAUGCCAACCGCAUGCAAAUGAAGGCGGCUGUCUUCAAGAAGUACGGCGAGGCCGCCGUGCUCAAUCUCGUGCUCAACGCCAUGCCCAAGAUCGCCGCCGAGGUAGCAGCACCACUUGCCCGAACGGAAGAAAUCGUGCUAUUGGGCGGUAACGACAUGACGAGUGGAGAGAUCACUCGCCUAGUUGGCCAAGUACCGCCAGCCGUUCAAGCUCUCACCGGAGUCGAUUUGUCCAAAGUACUUGGCAAGAUUCCGGGCGCCAAGUAAAAGCCUAAUUAUCAGCGAGUGAGCCGCGGCGAGUAAAGAGGACACACACUUUCUCAUUAACACGGGCGCAGAGUGGACGACGUAAAAAAUGACGACUGCAACGACGGCCCAAAGAGCCAACAACCACCGCAACAACGCAAAGAGAGACAAAUUUUAUAUUUUUUAUUACACUUAACGAUCGAGAGAAGUAAAAAUUAUUUUUUAUUUCGAACGAAGCCUCGUUCGUCGAGUGUUACUACGUGUUGAUCUCCCACCUCGAUUGAAUGACACCUCAUGGUUCUGCCAGUGCACCCUUGUGAGCCCCACCCUAUUGAAGAUUGUACAAAAAUACAUGUAACACGUUGGCUCUAGAUGUCGUUGAACCAGUAUGAAAAUGCAAGACAACAAAACAAUGAGAAUCGACAUUUUUUAUAAUACUUUGUAUCUUUUAUCUACAUAUGACAAAAUUUAAUGUAUCUGUUUUUUUUCCUAUUAAAUAUUUUAGGAAUUCGAUUCUCAGAGCUUUGUUAAUAAAUAAAUAAUUGAAAUUAGCUAGACACUCAUAAACGUAUUCAAAAACACAUGUGCCCCAUCUGCCUUCUUCUUUAUCAUCACUGAAAAAAAGAACGAAAGAUAAUCUUUCGCACCUGUUACCUCUUAGCCACAUUAUAUAUUAUAAUUAAACAUAAAUACUUUGUUAAUUAUGAUUAUUGUUUUUCAUAUGUAUAGUGCAAAUUUCUAUUCACCUUUGAACUUGAUAAUCGGAUUUUUGCAUCGCGCAAAUUUGUACAUCAGAAACAUGUACGUAACGAGCUUGAGCAUCAUAUACUUUAUAUCGUCGCCUCGUAUAAGAGUUAUGUUAUUUCAUAUAAGCAGUACAAAUUACAAUUAAGCUCAAAAGUAUCGAUUUUUACUGUUUAUUUUGGAAUUUUUACAUCGAGUACACUAAACUUUUUAUUAAAUAUUUUCUGUAAUAAGAAGCCACUGCCACAAACUUUAAUUUGUGAAUUUCUAACUUUGAGUCGACGAUUUAAAAUAAGCAUGCCGAUAUAAUAACUAAUUCAGUUCAAAUGUAGAAAAUGCCAUGAGAAUUUAAUGUAUUCAAAGUACUCGAUGAUUAAUAAAAUAGAAUAUUAUAACAAUGUAGGUAUAAAUAAAAAUUAUUAGACAUAAUGUGGCAGUCUCGCAGAGUCGGAAAAGGAUACAAAUUCGUUGUGAAAACAUCUUUCCUGAUGAUAUAUAGUAAUUAAAAUGUAAAUAUCUAUCUAGAAUAAUGGAUUUAAUAAAUUUUUGAUUGCUGUUGAAACAUUUAAAAACUAAAACCUUUUUGCACUUUCACGAACAAAAUAACAAAUCAUUCGCAAUGAUGUUCUUUGGGUAAAAUAGAUGACGUUCAAUUCACGCAAUAUAUUAAAAAGAAUACAAAAUUAUUAGAUUAAAUAUUAAAGACAAAAAAUAUUUAUAAAUAUAAUGUAAUAUUCUUGCUACGAUAGAAAUGUAUAAAGCUAAAGAGAAAGUUAAUAUUUUCUUCUUGUCCAAAACGUUUAUAUAAGUAGCGAGCAGUUGAAGGGUUGAACCUCAAAGAGAACAGAAUAACUAAAAAAUGAUGCGUUGGAUGUUAUUGUACAUUGAAAAAUAAUGAUAAUGCAUUAUUUUGUAUUGCAAAUGAUUGUAUGAUGAAUUAAAUGAAUAAUUUGUAUACGCGCUUAAUUAAGCGAGUAUGCAGCGAUGAGUGCCGUCGAUUGAUUAUUGCCUUUGCCAAGUAAAAAUUAAUUAUGAAAACUGAUUUGAUUAUUGAUUCCCAAUGAAUGUGCAUUUUACAAAUGACAAGCGAAUUAGAAAAAGUGAAUGACAAAAGCGGAGACGGUGGUGUUUUUCUUUGAAUUUUUGCCUGUAAACUCAUCCAGAAAUGAUGUAUUUUAUUUACUUUUUACAAUAAUAUACAUUAUUACUUAACAUUAGAAAAUAUUAUACUCAAUUAUAUUCUUGGUAAAUACUGUAGCAAAAGAGAGCAUUAUUAGAAGAGUUGUGUUUUAUUUUUACACUGUGACAGAUUUCUCAUAUACAUAAAAAUAUAAUAACAACAAUAAUAAUAAGAAUAGCUGUACAUGUAUGUUCAAAGACCUUCUUAUGACCACAUCCCCUUGGUAGUUCGUUAAGAUCAUUACUGGUGGUAGUAACAACAGCAGAUGAAACCCUAGAAAUUCACAAUGGCACGUAUUAGAUAUCGAGGGGAUUGGUGUUGAUAUACAUGUGGAAAUGAAUAUCCCCGUGAAUUCAUUUAUAAUCAUAAUGUAACUGAUACCUCAAGCAAAAUAACAACAAAGACAAGAAAAUAAAAAAUAAUUGAAUCGCUUUUGUUAGUUAUAUCUAUGAUAAACUACAUGUAUUAUUGUCAUUGAAUUUGUUUUCCAUUUAUAAGUAUUAUUGUAUGACGAGUGCUUAAAACAAAGAAGCAAAAUUUUUACUGAAUUAUAAAAGUGAUACAGGUAUAUGAUGGGAUUAGCUAAUAAAUAAAUAAUAAAAAAACUCUUUUCUCUCGAUUUCUCGCUCAUCGAGCCUAAUGCUUAAAGGCUGAUAAAAUAUUUUUAAAUUGUCUCCAAGUUUCGUAAUUUGCAAAAACGCGUCCAUUUUAUACUUCAUGCUGUAUAACUAUAAAUAAAUUACAUACGCAAUAUUAUAGAACUGAGCAGGCAGUUUUGUAUUUAACAAAUCUUGAAUUUUUUCAAUGAAUCUAUACUACUUCUUGACUGAUAAAAUACCUGCACGAAAGAAUAAAAUUCUAAAUUUUUAGAAAAUUAUGCAUUAUUAUCUUAAAAAAUUCAACUGUACUUCAACCGUCCCUACGAAGACAAUUACUCAUGCGAAUACGGUCAAAAAAUCUCUCCUAGAAAUCGGCGUCGAAAAAAAACUCUCGUUCAAAAGAGCGGUCAAGAAAAUCUCUCUAAAAAAUCUGCGAUCAAGAAAAUCUCUUAAAAAAACUGCAGUCAAGAACCGCAUUUUCUUUUGGAGAGAUUUUCUUGACCUCAUCUUCGAAAGAGAGUUUUUUUCGUCGCAAGUCUUCAGAGAGAUUUUUUUGAUCGCGCAUCACUGGAACGGUAAUACUCUUCGUAGGGGCGGUCGAUUUAAACUUAAAUUAUUUCGAUAUUUCCAAUAGAUUUUGUAAAUAAGAUGUAUGACUCCAUUAUACCUUUGUUUGCGUGACAGUUAACAUAUAGAACAUCACAAAUUAAUUUAAGUUAUUUCAAAAUAAUACCAAACUAUGUUCAAAAUGUUUAUCAUAUAUUACAUAAAAUUUCGUUUGUUCCUGUGUAUUAAUACUCUGAAAAAGAUUAUAAUUUUUAAUCUUAGUUGUGCCAAUACGUGAUGCGGUUAGAAUAUCAUUCCAGUUGAUUAUUCAAUUAUUUCUUCAACUUUUUUAUAGAUUUACAUUUUUACUUUCAUUUUCCGAGUGCGGUUGUAAAUAAUACGAAAUCCUCAAAACAAAUGAUAAAAUGAUAAAAUUGUUGAAAAAUUAUAAAUGUACGUUUUUCAAAUUAUUGCUGCAUCAUGAAUAGCGUAUAAGUGAUUUCUUUUGGAAAAAUAGUAUGGAAAAAAGCCUGACCAAAACGUGCUUGCAGUGCAUUAGCAAAUUUACAUAAGAAACCUCAAAAGAGUACUAAAUAAUUUCCAUGAUACAUAAUAAUUCAUCAUGUCAAUGAAUUGAAUCGAACCAAUCAGAAAAGAAUGAAACGAAAAUGUGUAGAUAAGUUUCCUGAAUUAUAAAUACAAAAGUCGAUACCUGUGUCAUUAUUCAAUAUUGAAAGUCAUGAAAAAAAAACACUAUUCUGGACGAGUGCAUAUUUUUAAUAAAUGGAGUCUUGAAUAACCAAAAAUA